AUGGAUUUCCUUUUGGACAGCCGGCCUGAGCAGGAGGCACUGGGUGCUGUCUCACCCACGUUCGGGGAGGAAGAGGAGGAGAAGGACCUGAACAAGGCUUUGGGCGUGGAGCGGUUCGAGGAGAUCCUGAGCGACACACACCCCCGCAACCGCAAUGCCGAGGAGGCCGGGCGCAGCUAUGGCGAGGAGGACUUUGAGUACCACCGCCAGUCAUCCCACCACAUCCACCACCCGCUGUCCACCCACCUGCCCCCUGAUGCCCGCCGCAAGAAGGGAGGAGUGCCAAAGAAGGGCAAGAAGAAGCCACGUUGUGCUUCGGUGCCCGGUGAGACCCCCACCAUCGAGGAGGCUGAAGAGGAUGAGGAUGAGGCUGGUGACACUGAGCCUGAGCCCUCGGCUGAGGAGCUGCGGCCGCCUGAGGCAGUGCAGUUCUUUCUGCAGGAGGACGAGGUGCCUGAGCGGCGGCCCGAGGAGCCGGCGACAGCCCCGGCACUGCCCGUGUGCCCCCCAGAUCCCCGGGAGUCCACAUCUCCCCGGGCAGGCAGGUGAGUGAGCCCUGGGCAAUGCCUGGGCUCAGCUGAGGCUGAGGAGGGGUCCUUGGCGGGGCGAGCAGGUGCCGCUGGCGAUGCUGGAUCCCCCAGCCGGCCUAUGCCCAAGGCAUCGCAGCCAGGGCACCGCAGCUACAACCUGCAUGAGCGGCGGCGCAUCGGCAGCAUGACUGGUGCGGAGCAGGAGCGCUACCAGAAGAUGCCAACGGAUGAGUCAGAGGCGCAGACACUGGCAUCGGCUGACCUGGACUACAUGAAGAGUCACCGCUUCGAGGAUGUGCCAGGGGUGCGCCGGCACCUCGUCCGGAAGAGUGCCAAGGCACAGGUGGUGCACGGCAGCAAGGACCACAAGGAGCCCAGCACCCGGCAGCGCAAGCAGGACCGACAGCCCCAUGAGGUGUUUGUGGAGCUGAAUGAGCUGGUGGUGGACAAGAACCAGGAGCUGCAGUGGAAGGAGACUGCGCGCUGGAUCAAGUUUGAGGAGGACGUGGAAGAGGAGACGGACCGGUGGGGGAAGCCACACGUGGCCUCCUUGUCCUUCCGUAGCCUCCUGGAGCUGCGCAAGACCCUGGCCCAUGGGGCUGUGCUCCUCGACCUGGACCAGAAGACGCUGCCAGGGGUGGCCCAUCAGGUGGUGGAGCAGAUGGUCAUCACCGACCAGAUCCGGGCCGAGGACCGUGCCAACGUGCUGCGAGCACUGCUACUCAAGCACAGCCACCCGAGCGACGAGAAAGACUUCUCCUUCCCCCGCAACAUCUCGGCGGGCAGCCUGGGCUCCCUUCUUGGCCACCACCACAGCACCAACCACAUAGGCGAGGGCAGUGAGCCGGCCGUCACUGAGCCCCUCAUUGCCGGCCAAGCCGCUGAGCACGAGGUGCGGGUGGAUGUGGAGCGGGAGAGGGAGGUCAUCACCCCCACACCCCCGGCUGGCAUCACCCGCUCCAAAUCUAAGCAUGAGCUGAAGCUGCUGGAGAAGAUCCCGGACAAUGCCGAGGCCACCGUGGUGCUUGUGGGCUGCGUGGAGUUCCUGGACCAGCCCACCAUGGCCUUCGUGCGACUGCGGGAGGCAGUGGAGCUGGAGUCAGUGCUGGAGGUGCCGGUGCCGGUGCGGUUCCUCUUCGUGCUGCUGGGCCCCAGCAGCACCCACAUGGACUACCAUGAGAUUGGGCGCUCCAUCUCCACCCUCAUGUCUGAUAAGCAAUUCCAUGAGGCUGCCUACCUGGCCGAUGACCGCCACGACCUCCUGACGGCCAUCAAUGAGUUCCUGGACUGCAGCGUGGUGCUGCCGCCCUCUGAGGUGCAGGGUGAGGAGCUGCUGCGCAGCGUCGCCCACUUCCAGCGUGAGAUGCUGAAGAAGAGGGAGGAGCAGGAGCGGAGGCUGCUGCUGGAGCCCAAGUCCCCUGAAGAGAAAGCGCUGCUGAAGCUGAAGGUGGUGGAGGGCGAGGGCGAGGAGGACGCUGAUGACCCCCUGCGGCGCACGGGGCGCCCCUUCGGGGGGCUGAUCCGCGACGUGCGCCGGCGCUACCCACACUACCUGAGCGACUUCAGGGACGCGCUGGACCCCCAGUGCAUCGCCGCCGUCAUCUUCAUCUACUUCGCUGCCCUCUCACCAGCCAUCACCUUCGGAGGGCUGCUGGGGGAGAAGACGCAGGACCUGAUUGGGGUGUCAGAGCUGAUCAUCUCCACCUCGCUGCAGGGCGUCAUCUUCUGCCUGCUGGGUGCACAGCCCCUGCUGGUCAUCGGCUUCUCAGGGCCCCUGCUGGUCUUUGAGGAAGCCUUCUUUACGUUCUGCAUGUCCAACGAGUUGGAGUACCUGGUGGGACGCGUCUGGAUCGGCUUCUGGCUCAUCCUCAUCGUGCUGGUCAUGGUAGCCUUUGAGGGCAGCUUCCUGGUGCGCUUUGUCUCCCGCUUCACCCAGGAGAUCUUCGCCUUCCUCAUCUCCCUCAUCUUCAUCUAUGAGACAUUCUCCAAGCUGGCCAAGAUCUUCCAGGAGCACCCCCUGCACGGCUGCUUGCGGGACAACAGCACGGGGCCCGCGGCGUGGCGCAACAGCAGCACGGUGGAGGGUGGCGCUGCCAAGGUGACCGGGCAGCCCAACACGGCACUGCUGUCCCUGGUGCUCAUGGCUGGCACCUUCUUCAUUGCCUUCUUCCUGCGCAAGUUCAAGAACAGUCGCUUCUUCCCUGGAAGGAUCCGGCGGCUGAUCGGUGACUUUGGAGUGCCCAUUGCCAUCCUGGUCAUGGUGCUGGUGGACUACGGCAUCCAGGACACCUACACACAGAAGCUGAGCGUGCCCAGUGGGUUCUCAGUAACAGCCCCGGAGAAGCGGGGCUGGGUCAUCAACCCCCUGGGUGAGCAGAGCCCCUUCCCCGUCUGGAUGAUGGUGGCCAGCGGGCUCCCGGCUAUCCUCGUCUUCAUCCUCAUCUUCAUGGAGACGCAGAUCACCACGCUCAUCAUCAGCAAGAAGGAGCGGAUGCUGCAGAAGGGCUCCGGCUUCCACCUCGACCUGCUGAUCAUCGUGGCCAUGGGUGGCUUCUUUGCACUCUUUGGGCUACCAUGGCUGGCAGCAGCCACAGUGCGCUCUGUCACCCAUGCCAACGCCCUCACCGUCAUGAGCAAGGCUGUGGCACCCGGGGACAAGCCCAAGAUCCAGGAGGUGAAGGAGCAGAGGGUCACUGGGCUACUAGUGGCCAUACUGGUUGGGCUGUCCAUCGUCAUCGGGGACCUGCUGCGGCAGAUCCCUCUGGCCGUGCUCUUCGGCAUUUUCCUCUACAUGGGCGUCACCUCCCUCAAUGGCAUCCAGUUCUACGAGCGCCUGCAGCUGCUGCUGAUGCCCCCCAAGCACCACCCCGAUGUCUCCUACGUCAAAAAGGUCCGCACGCUGCGCAUGCACCUCUUCACCGGGCUACAGCUGGGCUGCCUGGCCGUGCUCUGGGCUGUCAUGUCCACCGUAGCCUCGCUGGCCUUCCCCUUCAUUCUCAUCCUCACGGUGCCACUCCGCAUGUGCCUGCUCAGCCGCAUCUUCACUGACCGUGAGAUGAAGUGUCUGGACGCAGCCGAGGCUGAGCCCAUCCUGGACGAGCGGGAGGGGGUGGAUGAGUACAACGAGAUGCCAAUGCCGGUGUGA